UGUGUGUGUGUGUGUGUGUAUGUGUGUAUGUGUGUGUGUGUGUGUGUGUGUGUGUGAGAUAGUGUUUUUUUUAGACAUAAUGGACUCUGAUCCAGAUCAGAAAGAGAAGAAGGGCGGAGCCUCCCAAAGGACUGUGUCCUCAUGUGAUUCUUACAGGCUGAUGAGUUGUUCCCUCACAGGGAAAAUCUGUGCUGCUUUAGCAUCAGCAGCCAGCUUAACCUCAUGGAGUUUGAAGGAGCUUUUCCUGAGUGACAAUCAACUUCAUGAUGUAGGAGCUCAGUAUCUCUCAGACCUCAUCAUUAAUCCCCACUGCAAACUGGAGAAACUACUGCUGUUUCGUUGUUUCCUCACAGAGAAGAACUGUGCUGCAUUAGCAUCAGCUGGAAGGUCCACCCCCUGCAGUUUGAAGGAACUGAACCUGAGUCACAAUGAACUUCAUGAUGCAGGAAUUCCGCAUAUCUCAGACCUUCUAAAGAACCCCUACUGCAACCUGGAAAAUCUAGUGUUGGGGAAUUGUCCAUUAACAGAGAAGAGUUGUGCUCAUUUAGCAUCAGCUGCCAGCUCAACCUUCUGCAAUUUGAAAGAGCUGAACUUAGGAAGCAAUGAGCUUCAUGAUGCAGGAGUUCAGCAUCUAUCAGACCUCCUCAGGAAUCCCCACUGUAAAUUGGAAAAGCUAGUGCUGAGUGGUUUUUCCCUCACAGAGAAGAGCUGUGCUGGUUUUGCAUCAGCUGCCACCUCAGUCUCCUGCAGUCUGAAAAAGUUGAAUCUGAGUGACAAAGAUCGCCAUGAUGCUGGAGUUCAGCAUCUCUCAGACCUUCUCAGUAGUCUCCACUGCAAGCUGGAGAAACUAGUACUUGGGGCUUGUUCCCUUACAGAUAAGAGCUGUCUUGCUGUAGCAUCAGCUGCCAACUCAACCUCAUGUAAUUUAAAGAAACUGAUCCUGGGUAAGAAUGAUAUUCUUGAUGCAGGAGUUCAGAAUCUCUCAGACCUCCUUGGGAAUCCACACUUCAAACUGGAGAAACUAGAGUCGAGGUGGUGUUCCCUCACAGUGAAGAGUUGUGCUACUUUAGCAUUAGGUGUCAGUCCAGCCUUCUCCAGUUUGAAGGAGUUGAACAUGUGCAGUGAUGACAUGAACAGUGACAACAAGCUUCAUGAUGCAGGAGUUCAGCUCCUCACUAAUCCCAAAUGCAGCCUGAAGAAACUAUUAGUGGAUGUUCGUAUCUUUAUAAAGGAGACUCCAGCACCAGCUUUCACUAGCUGCUCACAGUCCUCAGAUGCUGCAGAUCUGCACCUCAGAGACAAAACCCAGCAGGAUCCAGGAGUGGAGCUGCUCUCUGUGGACACUCCAAACAGGCAGAGAUGGAGCUGCCAUUCCUGUGCCCACAUCACAGACCCUGCACACUGGACUCUGGUGACCCCUUCCAUCUCCAUGGAGAACGGUUUGUGUGUGUACAACAUAAACUCCCCUGCAGGGAGCCAUGAGUGCUCAGAGUCUGGUCUGCGCUGGGCGUGUGCCGGUCCAGUUGCCCUCCAGUACCACUUCAGCAAGGACGAGCUGUUCUGGGCCCAGCUGCAGAUGUUAGGGUACCAACCCGCCGGUCCUCUGAUGGACAUCAAGCUUCUGUCAGGCGAACUGGAAGAGGUACAUCUGCCCCACUCCCUCUGCCUGGGUGGUUCUGACCCGUCUGUGCUGGGAGGUGCAGUCAGGUCCCUGCACAGCGAUGACAGUGACAGUGGCGUUUCCCUGGAGACGUGUGAGCUGAGUCGUUUCCACGGCAAGCUCCUGGGGAGGCAGUUCUCUCUCUGGCAGCUGGUGGUAAAUCUGGGCAUCCCAGUAAAAACCCACUGCGAGGUCCUGAUUUACCAGUCCUCCCCCCAGCCACUGAUCCUCAACGCCUUCCUGGUGCCCGCGCCCUCCACAGCCAGGCAGGUGGUGGAGGAGAGGUGGAAGAGCCGGGGUGCCCUCUGCAUCUGCAAGCCACCCCCCGAUGACUCCCUUUGGGUCAGUUCCAGAUUCCAGCUCUGGACCUCCUGCUCCUCGGUGAUCACUCCCUCGGCGAUGACCCUCAGCUACAACACCUCCCCAACCUUCUUCGAGGUGUGCCUGGAGAACCCACCAAAGAACUUCAACAUGGAGCUUAGACCCAUUGAGGGGAAGCAGUCUGUUUGGACAGCUGUCAUGUGGCAGGGAGCUGACUACCUCCAAACUCGAAACCACGCAGACCUGACAGAGCCUUCUGACGCACACACAGGUCUGAGGAGGAGUCAGAAUGUGGCGUCUUCAGUAUAUCUUAACCAAGUCCAGAGAGACAUGAACAUUGCAACAAAUACUCAAGAGGCAGCAGUGUUUGUGGACAGGCACAGAGCUGAGCUCAUUGGCAGGGUGUAUAACGUGAUGCCCAUCGCAGAUGCGCUGCUCUCCAAGGGACUGGUCCACCCUGAGAAGUAUUCAGAGAUCAGAGCAGCUGCCACCAGUGAGGCAAAGAUGCGAGAGAUCUAUGAGUGUCUGCGCUCAGCUGGAGCUGGGGCGAAAGCAGCGUUCUAUGGAGUUCUACUGCAGGAGGAGCCGCACCUGCUCCAAGACCUGAGUACACCUGCAUUGUAGAUUAGAUUAAACCUGCAUGUUAACCUGACCACAUCUGCUGUAAAAACUGAAUAAAGUCAUUGAGGACAGAGGGGAACAUCA